CGAGAAAGAACUAGAAGCGGCGAAGAUUGCUCUGUCCGACGCGAGUCGCAUCCAUGAUGAAGAAUCUUCGAGGCAGCUGAAUGUUUUGAAGUCUCGGAUUAGCAUACUGGAGAUAGAGCUGGAUGACGCCAAAGCAAAGCUUCGUGCGGCCCAGCAAGGUUUAGACGACGAACGGGUUCCCUGUGGAGACUUCACUUGUUUCCUUUUGACCCUUCUUGUCAACAGCGACAGUCUUGGCCUCUUCAGCAAGAGAACGACAAGCUAAAGGAGAGAAACUCUGUGCUGGAGGCUCUCGCUCAAGCCGCAUCGCCAACUGGAACCUUCGGAUACGUCGUUGCCAACCAUGAUGGGCAAGAGAUGAGGCAAACGGAUCCUCGAGCCAAGGCUGGCAUAGGCGUUAUCUUCAAGGCCGUCCAGCUGCCCGACGGAAGAAACCCUCUCAUGGUCAAGAGCUUAUCCCCUGAUGGUCCAGCUAAGGUGACUGGCAAGAUUGAGGUCGGCGAUGUAUUGCUGGAGGUGGAUGGCAAGAAAGUCCGCACGACUGAUGAGGCCUCGCAUUAUAUCUUGGGCCCCAAAGGAUCUCCGGUCCAGCUCAAGUUAGAGAGGGCAGGGAAAAGUUUUCAUGUUAUCAUGUCAAGAGGAAAUCCUGCAACCUUGGCAUCUCAGUGAACGAUGGAUUUUCUGUACAUUGAUUGAAAUUAGUUUACACUUUUGAA